CCUUGACCUGGUGAAGGCUACUAAAAUAUUUCUGAGUCAUUCAAUCAUGUUAGGUGAGAAUGCGAAGAGUGCAGACGAGUCAUGAGCACAGCAGAGAAAUUAUUUGUUGAAAACAGAGUGCUCUAGAAGUUCAAAUUCAAUGCCUGAACUCAACCCCAGUCAAACUCGCCUCCAUUAUCGACCUUAAAACAGACUAUAGAAGUUUCCGUGAAGUCAUAUAAAAAUUGCUUUAAAACUUUUCAUUCUUCAUUCAUUUCAGAGCAGAAACCCCAAAUCCUCAUAAUUCCAAGCCUCGAGCCUCCUCCUUUGCAAAUUCCAAUUUCUGCGGCAGAGAAUAAGGUUGAGAUCAAGCGAAACUAUGGAAAUAAAGAAAAUAGUGUUAAAAUUGUCGAUCGAGGACGAGAAAAGCAAGAAAAGAGCCCUCAAAGCGGUUGCAGGUGUGCAAGGGGUGGAAUCUGUGGCGGUGGACAUGAAAGAGAAGAAGAUGACUGUAAUUGGGGAAGCCGACCCUGUGAUUGUUACAUCAAAGCUCAGAAAAUAUGGAUAUGCGGAGGUACUGAGCGUGGGACCUGCCAAAGAAGAGAAAAAAGAGCCUCCCCCAAAACAGGAGCCAAAGAAAGAGGAGAAAAAACCAGAACCUACUCCAACAAUUAUCUAUUAUCCCGCUUAUCCCGCUUAUCUCAGUUGCAAUUACAGGGCUUAUGAAGACACUGUAGAUAGCGAUGAGUAUAGUUUUUGUACAAUCUGUUGAUCUUUUGUAUGCAGGGCAUAAAUUUUUUCUUUAUACAGUUGGAAAAGGGUGUGCACAUUUUUAGUAGAAUGUAAAUGAAACGUCCCCUGCCAUUCUGGAUGGCCUUUCAUUUGAGCUCCCAAAAGUUAUGCGAUCUGCUGUACAAUAGGAAAAUGCUAGUAUUGGAAUUUUGAACGGCUGAUGAGUAUGUGAAAUUACUAAAUGUUCUAGUAAAAUAAGAGCUGAAAC